CUCGGUGAACGCCGUUGUCUUGGAAACCGCAGCCAUGGCGGCGUCGCGGCAGACCUCAAGCCGCAGCGUUCAGCGCAUGGAGCCUAGCGGCUCCGCCGAAUCGUCUGUCGCCACCCGGACACCAGUGCCCACCUUGUCGUCCCCGUCCCCGGAGCUGCCUGUCUCGCCGGGGCAGGUGGCCGAGCUAUCGGGCAAAAACCUGUGGGAGCAGAUCUGCGAGGAGUACCAAGCUGAGCUGCCUCCCUUUCCAAAAGGAUAUGAAGUCAAACAAGAGCCUGAAAUUACUGUUUCGCCCCUGGAGGAAACGGUUUCCCACGGCUUCAACAUAGAGCACUAUUUCCCACCCCCGCCUUUCACCAGGGUCUCACAUAUACCCUGUCCUCUAAAGAUCUCAGAAACUGUUGAUCCAAAAACAUGUUCCCCCAGAAAAUAUUUGGAAACCUACAUCUUUCCAAUCCUGCUUCCUGGGAUGACUAGCCUGCUUCACCAGGCAAAGAAGGAAAAGUGUUUGGAGGUCAGUUGUUUGAGGAAAAGAACCAAAUUCAUUGCCUGUGAUUUCCUUACUGAGUGGUUGUACAACCAAAAUCCAAAGAGGACAGGGGCACCGUUCACAGAAUUUUUCUCUAUUCCAUUUGUGGAUGAAUGGCUAAAAGAUCACCCUCGACCACCAAUCCCACUGUCCCUCCUGAUGACUGACGUGGACGCUGCGAUCGCCAUUCAGUCCUUCUGGAGAGCCUAUCUGCGAGAGCGCCUGAGAAGGAAGAAGAGCCAGCCUCCCCUCCUGCAGGCACUUGAACCUGGGCUCCCGUGGGGAGCUGCUUGUGCGCCAGGAUCCCUGACCUCUGCAGCUGUGCUGGUUAAUCCCCCAGAGACUGCACUUGAGAACUGUGUGUUCGCUUCUGUCGUUGGCAUUUGUGACCCAGCUCCUCACCGAGCCUUGCAAUGUGAAGACCUGAAGUGGCUGUUGGAAAUCCUCUCCUCCCAGUAGCAUUGCCAUGAAAGCCCGGGCACAAACGUUCAUCUGAACAUCAGACAGGAAAGACGGAAUUGCCUUCCGAUGGCUGAUAUCUGCAGGCAGGUGGGCAGACGCUGCCAGCAAAAGUCAGACAUGGUAUUGUGCAAAAGGAAUGCUAAAAAUGGGGUGUGGCAUCAAAUUACCACCCAUGCUGUUGGUAUUUCCCUACCUCCCAAUAGCUGAGAGGGGCUGUCACACCCUUGUGACCUCCUGAGCUGUCUCCGCCUGGGUAUCUCCUGGGCAUUCUGUAUAGAAGGAUGUUUCCUCUCUAUGGAGUCCUCUUGCUGUUUGCUGACUUUGGGAUCUAACAAUGUCAUUGCAUGUUUCCUACCACAUUACCUUCUCAACCAGAAGAUUCAAGUCCAAAGAGAUCUGUUCCUUAGGCCAUCUCCGACAUAGUUUUGAAACCCACGUAUUUGAAAUUGGUUUUGAACAUUUUAUUACACGUACAAAAUGUUUCUCAGUUGUUAGGAAGGUCAACAUGACUUCCCUGUGUAAGUCUCCAGAACGGGAAGAAUAAGAUCCCCAAACUUCUCCACAUGUAGAAGGCUUAGUUUUAGUCUGAGGAUACAGACAUCAGGUACUCACAUCAGGUGUGAGGUGCUCCCUUCUGCCACCCCACUCACAGCCAUACCUGCCUCCCACUGACACCUGACACCUGACUGUGGGUUCAUUCUUUCAUGGUCAAACGUGCAUCGAGCGUCUUGCCAAGCACAAAACUGAGUGCUGCAGAAACAAAGCUCUUCCAUGCCACGAGGAUCCCCAAGACAGCUCUAACAAUCAAAAUGAAAAUAUUGAGAAUAUUUAAAUAUUAAAAAUAGCAUAAUC